CAAGAGGCAACUGAUGGUUAAGUUUGUUUACCUGCUCGGUUUUGUGAAAUUCUGAACUCGCAUUGCUGCUUGUUUCUUUGGUUCUCAGUUUGUUCAAUGCGCUGAUCGCCAAACGAAAACACAUGCUUCAAGUGUUAAUUCAUGUCUAAUAAAGUAGCAGGUGUAUUUCGUUCCAUCAUGAAGGCGAUACGUGUCAAUCAAUUCGGUGGUCCGGAAGUUCUCAAACUUCAGUCAGAUUUGCCCAUUCCGAAACCGUCUGCUGGGCAGGUACUGAUUAAGAUUGGAGCCGCUGGAGUGAAUCCCGUCGAGACUUACCUCCGCGCUGGUGCCUACGCCAAGCUGCCUGGCCUGCCAUGGACUCCUGGGAACGAUAGCGCUGGAAUCGUACAGGAAGUGGGGUCAGGGGUCACCGACAUUAAGGCUGGGGAUCGAGUGUUCACCAAGGGAACGUUAACUGGCUCGUAUGCCGAGUACGCUGUGGCCGAUUCGUCUUGCGUCUUUGGUCUGCACGACGGGCUGGAUUUCAAACAAGGUGCGGCGUUAGGUAUACCUUACUUCACCGCUUAUAGAGCACUCGUGCACCGCGCCCGGGCCAGGGCUGGCAUGACGGUGCUAGUUCACGGUGCAAGCGGGACGGUCGGCAUCGCGUCAGUCCAGUUUGCUCGGGCCUAUGGUAUGACGGUCUUGGGUACAGCCGGAUCUGAGCAGGGCAUGAGCCUUGUUAGUCAGAUCGGUGCCCAUCACGUCUUUAACCACAGACAGGAGGGAUACAUAGAAAAGAUUACGGAAGCAACAGGUGGGCGAGGUGUUGACGUAGUGAUUGAGAUGCUUGCUAACGUCAACUUGCAGCGAGAUCUGGAAAUCCUAGCACCCAGAGGAACGGUUGCAGUUGUCGGAAAUCGCGGGAACAUCGAGAUCAACCCUCGACUGACUAUGGGCAAAGAGUCUUCAAUUGUUGGUGUUAUGGGGGCAAUUAUAACAGAGGCCGAUAAAAGGGAAACCAAUGCAGCAAUGCAGGCCGGUAUGGAGAGCGGAUGGCUCAAGCCCUUUGUUGGCAAGGAGUAUCCUCUUAAAGAUGCUGCUGUGGCCCAUGAAGACAUCAUCAAGACAACAUCAGCCUUGGGAAGAAUUGUGCUCGUACCAUAGACAACCAGGAUCAUGGAACAGUUCAUGGAUGACAUCAUGAUGACAUCACACUGACAUCAUCAGUGUGACAUCAGCCAUGGGAAGAAUUCUACUCGUACCAUAGACCAUCAGAAUGAUUGCGUGGAUCAUGGGUGAAAUCAAGAUUCAAAAUUCAUGAUUUUUGUUAUUAGUCAUGUAAAAAAAAUUUACAUGACAUAUGCUCACCCAUGUGCAAUCAGUAAAAAAAAUUAUAAAAUAUCCAUACAAAUAUAUGACGUCACAAUGACAUCAGCCAUGGGAAGAAUGUUUGUGAUAUAAUUGACAACCAGGACAAAUUGAACGGAACACGAUGACAUCAUGAUGACAUCACCAGUGUGACCACAGACAUGGAAGAGUUGUACUCAUACCAUAGACAAUGAUACACAUCCAGAAUCAUUAAAUGAAUCAUGGAUGACAUCACGAUGACAUCAUGGAUGACAUCAUGGAUGACAUCACGAUGACAUUGUCAGUACGACAUCAGCCAGGGGAAGAAUCGUACUCAUAACAUAGACCAUCAGGAGGAUUGAAUUGAUCACGGAUGAUCAGGAGUUUGGGUUAAGUUGGUAAUUUGAAGUUGUUUUCCUUUAUGAAUCUUUAGGUUAUGAAUUCAUCAACCUCGUGCCCCGUGGGUACGAUCUUGCAGCGCCAUGUUGUUUCCCAUCAUGCCUUGCGCGAUCGUAACCCCUGGAAUUGUGUAAUUUAAA